GUACGCGUGGAGCCUCCCACUUUCACUUUUACUUUAUCUAGUAAACAAGGAAACAAGGGUGCCUUUAUUUGGCUUAAUCUGCCUUUAUGUUCAGGCAAAAACUGUGAAAAUGAAGAUUGUCUCAAAACCGCUCUCGGUGCUCGUGUUUUUACUCGUGUAUGGUGUUGAUUCAGCGAGGGUGUCAGUGAUGGAGGGAGAUUCACUCACUCUACACACUGGUGCUCAAAGGAAACAAAAAAGACACAUGAGAUGGUGUUUGAGUAACAAUUCAAUCUUAAAUCGCAAUGAGAUGUGUUUAGUUGGUCAGGGUAGUCAUUUUGUUAAUGAACGAUUCAGAGACAGACUGAAGCUGGAUCAUCAGACUGGAUCUUUGACCAUCACGAAUAUCACAACUCGGCACACUGGACUCUAUAAACUAUUCUAUAAACACAUAAGCUUCUCGUCAUCUGCUUUAAAUAGUUUGAUCCGUCCCUGUUGGCAUUUAGUUCUUUAACCAAAGGCAAAGAGAAUUGGGGUUAAUCGAAUGUUAAAUGUGUUCAUAAUGUGAACUAACAUAUUUUUUCACCGUCACCAGUUAUUUCAUGUAGUGUAACUUAUCUUUUUUUUCCCUUUGCAGUAAAAGUCAAGUUACCUUUAUUUAUACAGUGCUUUAUACAAUGUUGUGUCAAAGCAGCUUUACAGUAGCUGUUUGUGUUUCAGGUGUUUCUGCUGCUGAACAAGAUGAAAUUAAGAAAAAGUCAGUUAUGGAGAGAGAAUCUGUCACUUUAUACAGUCGUUUAACAAACAACCCAAAUACUUUGAUAACAUGGUAUUUUAAUGACACUCCCAUUGCUGGAAUCCCUGGAGAUCAAAGUAAAAUCUGUACGGAUGUUCAUUGUGAUGCUGAUGAGAGAUUCAAAGACAGACUGGAGCUCGAUCGGACAGGAUCUCUGACCAUCACGAACAUUGGAACAGAAGACUCUGGAGAAUAUAAACUACAGAUCAGCAACAGCAGGUUCAGCAUCAUUAGGAGCUUCAGUGUUUCUGCUGUGUCUGGUGCAGGUGGUGUUCCAGUGUCAGUGAAGAAUGGAGAUUCAGUCACACUACUAACUGGUGUUAAAACAGAACAACAGGAAAGUAUUAUGUGGUAUUUUAAUGACAAAACAAUUGUUGAAAUCACUGGAUAUGUCAGUAAGAUCUGUACCAAUUACUGGUGUAAAUUGAGAUUCAGAGACAGACUGAAGGUCGAUGAGUUUGGAUCUCUGACCAUCAUGAGCAUCAGAGCUGAAGAUAGAGAUGGAUUUUAUAAACAAAUCAUCGGUGGCCGCUUCGUAUUUAGCUUCAGUUUUUAAUUUGUCAUAUUUUAUCAUAAUUUCAUGAUGAUACUCAAGAAUAUCUCAUAUUUUAUCUCAUGUGUGUCCAGGUCCAUCUGCCACUAUUUACUUUUAUCUACCUUUAAGUCAAGGUAUUUGCAUAAACUGAUUAGUGUAUUGUGGAUAUAAGUUUCUGUCCAAUUAAUAAAAUUCUAAAUGAAAACACA